AUGGCUAUCUCCACUAUAAUGGAUACCCGUCUUUUCGUCGCAUUGGUGGCCGUAUGCUUUCUGCUGGUCCGACUGCUGUCGAUUGGCACUCGAAGUCGGAGGAUGCCUCCAGGCCCGCCGACGCUGCCCAUCAUUGGCAAUCUGCACCAGAUCCCCACGAAGGACAUACACCUGCAGCACCAGAAAUGGGCUCAAGAAUACGGCCCCAUCUUCUCGCUCAAGCUGGGCACCCAGGACGUCGUCGUGCUCGCCAGCGGCGACAUGAUCAAGCGACUGGUCGACAAGCGGAGCGGCAACUACGCGGACCGCCCGGCACUCUUCAUGCAGGACAUCUUCGAGCACUCGCGCAUCAUCAUGCGCGGCUACGACGACCUGUGGAAGGUCGAACGCAAGCUGUACCACCAGUUCCUCAACAGCACCAAGGCCGCACGCUACGUGCCCUACCAGGACCUGGAGACCAAGCAGCUGUGCGUCGACCUGCUGGGUCGGCCUGAGGACUUCGAGGCCCUGAUCACCCGCACCACGCUGAGCGCCGCCGCCAGCAUGGCCUAUGGCUUCCGCGUCACCGACCCCAAAGACCCCGUCAUGCAGGAGCUGCUGCACAACGCCCACGGCUUCUUCACCAUGGUCCAUAAGAGCCAGUUGUUGGAUUGGUACCCGCAGCUGCGGUGGGUGGUGCGCUGGCUUCCCCCGUUCCUGUACCCCAUGUACCGCGACGCGAAGGAGAUAUAUCGGCGCGAGAAGGCCCAGUUUCACCAGCUGCUGCGCGACACGCGGAAGAAAAUAGCCCGCGGGAACGACAGCGAGAACUCGAUCCCAAGUUUCGCGGCCGAUAUCGUUCGAGCUCAGGAGUCGUGGAAGGGAAAGCAGGAAGGCACCAUCCUGACCGACCAUGCUGCCGCAUACAUCGCGGGGGUGGCCAUGGAGGGGGCGACAGAUACCCAGAGCAACCAGCUGGCUGCAUUCGUCAAGGCCAUGAUGUUGUACCCCGAUACUCAGAAGCAGGCCCAUGCCCAACUGGACGAGGUCGUCGGGGGAGAUCGGCUCCCUGAGCCCAGCGACCUUGAGAACCUGCCGUAUAUCCGACAAAUCAUGAAAGAAGUCGUCCGGUGGAUGCCCACCGGACUGACCGGCGCGAUCCCGCACGCGGCCCGCGCCCAGGACGAGAUCGACGGCUACAUUAUUCCGCAGGGGGCGACCGUCGUGCUGGCCGUGUGGGCGGCGAACAACGACCCGACACUCUUCCCCCACCCGCGCGUGUUCGACCCGGCGCGCCAGAACCCGGCCUUCUCCAUGGGCGAGGCCGCGCUGGCCAGCGACAUCCGCGACCGCGACCACUGGACCUUUGGCGCCGGCCGCCGCAUCUGCCCCGGCAUCCACGUCGCCGAGGGCACCAUGCUGCUCGCCAUGGCGCGGAUCUUGUGGGCAUUUGACAUUGCCAAAGCGAGGGAUGCGCUGGGGCGUGAGAUCGACGUCGACCAGGACGAGAUGACGCAGUCGAUUGCCGCGAGGCCGUUGCCUUUCAAGUGA